CUAGGCCUCCUCCAUCCCCGGCGGCCCGGGAUCUGGCAGCGGCGGCUGACGCAGACGGAACAUCAUGUCCGCGGCCGAGCCUCCGCCACCCCCGCCUCCCGAGAGCGCGCCUUCCAAGCCCGCAGCCUCCGCCGCCAGCAGCGGGAGCAGCAGCGGCAACAAAGGCGGCCCCGAGGGCGUCGCGGCAGCGGCGGCGGCGGCGUCUGCGGCCAGCGCGGGCUCUGCGGACGCCGACAUGGAGGAAGUAUUUGAUGAGGCGUCACCUGGAAAGCAAAAAGAAAUCCAAGAACCAGAUCCUACCUAUGAAGAAAAAAUGCAAACCGACAGAGCAAAUAGAUUUGAGUAUUUAUUAAAGCAGACAGAGCUGUUUGCACAUUUCAUUCAGCCUGCUGCUCAGAAGACUCCAACCUCACCUUUGAAGAUGAAACCAGGACGUCCAAGAAUAAAAAAGGAUGAGAAACAGAACUUACUGUCAGUUGGCGACUACCGACACCGCAGAACAGAGCAAGAGGAAGAUGAAGAACUGUUAACAGAAAGCUCCAAAGCCACCAAUGUUUGCACUCGAUUUGAAGAUUCUCCAUCAUAUGUAAAGUGGGGUAAACUGAGAGAUUAUCAGGUCCGAGGUUUAAAUUGGCUCAUCUCUUUGUAUGAGAAUGGCAUCAAUGGUAUCCUUGCAGAUGAAAUGGGCCUGGGAAAGACUCUUCAAACAAUUUCUCUCCUUGGGUACAUGAAACACUAUAGAAACAUUCCUGGUCCUCAUAUGGUUUUGGUACCUAAGUCUACAUUGCACAACUGGAUGAGUGAAUUCAAGAGAUGGGUACCAACACUUAGGUCUGUUUGUUUAAUAGGUGAUAAAGAACAAAGAGCCGCUUUUGUCAGAGACGUUUUAUUACCAGGAGAAUGGGAUGUAUGUGUAACAUCUUAUGAAAUGCUUAUCAAAGAAAAGUCUGUUUUCAAAAAAUUUAAUUGGAGAUACUUAGUUAUAGAUGAAGCUCACAGGAUCAAAAAUGAAAAAUCUAAGUUGUCAGAAAUAGUGAGGGAAUUCAAGACUACAAAUCGAUUGUUAUUAACUGGAACACCACUUCAGAACAACCUGCAUGAGCUUUGGUCACUUCUUAAUUUUUUAUUGCCAGAUGUGUUUAAUUCAGCUGAUGAUUUUGAUUCCUGGUUUGAUACAAACAACUGCCUUGGGGAUCAAAAACUAGUUGAGAGGCUGCAUAUGGUUUUGCGUCCAUUUCUCCUCCGUCGAAUUAAGGCUGAUGUUGAAAAAAGUUUGCCUCCGAAGAAGGAAGUAAAAAUCUAUGUGGGUCUUAGUAAAAUGCAAAGGGAAUGGUAUACUCGGAUAUUAAUGAAGGAUAUAGAUAUCCUAAAUUCAGCAGGGAAGAUGGACAAAAUGAGGUUAUUGAACAUCCUGAUGCAAUUGAGGAAAUGCUGUAAUCAUCCGUAUCUCUUUGAUGGAGCUGAGCCUGGUCCACCUUACACAACAGAUAUGCAUCUAGUUACCAACAGUGGCAAAAUGGUUGUAUUAGACAAACUGCUCCCUAAAUUAAAAGAACAAGGUUCACGAGUGCUAAUCUUCAGUCAAAUGACAAGGGUAUUGGAUAUUUUGGAAGAUUAUUGCAUGUGGAGAAAUUACGAGUACUGCAGGUUGGAUGGGCAGACACCCCAUGAUGAGAGACAAGAUUCUAUUAAUGCAUACAAUGAACCAAACAGCACAAAAUUUGUUUUCAUGUUAAGCACACGUGCUGGUGGCCUUGGCAUCAAUCUUGCUACUGCUGAUGUAGUAAUUUUAUAUGAUUCAGAUUGGAAUCCCCAAGUAGAUCUUCAGGCUAUGGAUCGAGCCCAUAGAAUUGGACAAACUAAGACUGUCAGAGUGUUCCGCUUCAUAACUGAUAACACCGUGGAAGAAAGAAUAGUAGAACGAGCUGAGAUGAAACUCAGACUGGACUCAAUAGUCAUUCAACAAGGGAGACUUGUGGAUCAGAAUCUGAACAAAAUCGGGAAAGAUGAAAUGCUUCAAAUGAUUCGACAUGGGGCAACACAUGUGUUUGCUUCAAAGGAAAGUGAGAUUACAGAUGAGGAUAUUGAUGGUAUUUUGGAAAGAGGUGCAAAGAAGACUGCAGAGAUGAAUGAGAAACUCUCCAAGAUGGGUGAAAGCUCACUUAGAAAUUUUACAAUGGAUACAGAAUCGAGUGUGUAUAACUUUGAAGGAGAAGAUUAUAGAGAAAAGCAAAAGAUUGCAUUCACAGAGUGGAUUGAACCACCUAAACGAGAAAGAAAAGCCAACUAUGCUGUUGAUGCAUAUUUCAGGGAAGCUCUUCGUGUUAGUGAACCUAAAGCGCCCAAGGCUCCUCGACCUCCAAAGCAGCCCAAUGUUCAGGAUUUCCAGUUUUUUCCCCCACGUUUGUUUGAGUUACUAGAAAAAGAAAUUCUGUAUUACAGAAAAACUAUUGGGUACAAGGUACCUCGAAGUCCUGACUUACCAAAUGCAGCACAGGCACAGAAAGAAGAACAGCUUAAAAUUGAUGAAGCUGAACCCCUUAAUGAUGAAGAGUUAGAGGAAAAAGAGAAGCUUUUAACACAGGGAUUUACCAAUUGGAAUAAGAGAGAUUUUAACCAGUUUAUCAAAGCUAAUGAGAAAUGGGGUCGUGAUGAUAUUGAAAAUAUAGCAAGAGAAGUAGAAGGAAAAACUCCAGAAGAAGUCAUUGAAUACUCAGCUGUGUUCUGGGAAAGAUGCAAUGAACUCCAGGACAUAGAGAAAAUUAUGGCUCAGAUUGAAAGGGGAGAGGCAAGAAUUCAAAGAAGAAUAAGUAUCAAAAAGGCACUUGACACAAAGAUUGGACGGUACAAAGCACCUUUCCAUCAAUUGAGAAUAUCCUAUGGUACUAACAAAGGAAAAAACUACACUGAAGAAGAGGAUCGUUUUCUGAUUUGUAUGCUUCACAAGCUUGGAUUUGACAAGGAAAAUGUUUAUGAUGAGUUGCGACAGUGUAUUCGAAAUUCUCCUCAGUUUAGAUUUGACUGGUUUCUUAAGUCCAGAACUGCAAUGGAACUCCAGAGGAGGUGUAAUACCUUGAUUACUUUGAUUGAAAGAGAAAACAUGGAGCUAGAAGAAAAGGAGAAGGCAGAGAAAAAGAAACGAGGACCAAAGCCUUCAACACAGAAGCGUAAAAUGGAUGGAGCACCUGAUGGUCGAGGAAGAAAAAAGAAGCUGAAACUAUGAAUACUUAUUUGUUUCAUAAUCACUAACUUUAAACCAGUAGUUCUUUAAUUUACGGGUCUUCAUAAGAUGUACUGUACAAUGCUCAAUUGUUAUGUCAUUCAAAGACAUCAGGUUCAUCUGUUUACUGAGCUAGAAACAUUAGUAUGUAGUUUCACUUUUUUAAAUGCAACAGCUGUGCUGAAAUUUUUUUAUCAUUAACACUUGAAGUAAUAAAAUAGGCUUCAUUUAUUAAUAAAUGUUUCAUUUGAUUUAUUUUUCUAUAGUUCCAUUUGUGAAGAUUUGUGGCUUUUUGUUUAUCAGCUAUAAGUUCUACACUUGUCAGGCUUACAAACAAGCAAAGUAAAAAAAGUUGCAAAUAACAUUUGUUCCUUCAAGUCUUCACUUAGUUGUGUAAUUGUUUUAAUUCACUUUGCCUUUGCAGAAAUUUGGGUAUUUUCUUUGUAGUGCUAUUGAGUCUCAUCUGGAAUGAUUAUGUAAAUUGCAUUCUCCUUAUUAUGUGGGUAGAAUGGGGGAAAAAAGCAAGACAAAUUAUAAUUAAUUUUUAUGCAUAUUUCUGUUAUGCUUUCUGUUUCUCUCUUUGGUUCUGAAGUGAAUAUGCCCUGUUCUGUUGGAACAGUGGCUUUUAGUUGUAUAGCCAAAGACAUUUAGUAUUUCCUGGUUCCUUAAGGUGUUAUUGUACCAUUUUGUAAAAGGAAUAUUAUUAUUAUUAUUUUUUAAUUAUUUGAUAAAUAUUUUGACAUGACCUUCUGAAGCAGCCACAUUAGAAAGAUAAUGUCAGAACUAAGGUUUUUCUUUUAAUUUUUUAUUCUGAAAGACCCAACCAAAAUGAGGUGUGAAUAUGUCAUACUGUUAAAUUGAGAUUGGUAACAAAAUGUAUCCCCUUCCAGUUUAUAGUAUUUUUGAGUUUUAGAGUAAAGAAAAUUUUAUUUUAUUGUACUUUAAAAUAAUUUCUAAGUGUUCACAGCAAGACUGACUAUAAUGCCAGUUUUUAUUUUCUAUGGAACAGAUUUGAUAAACUGGAGACCCUGAAGCAGGAAUACCCAAAUUGUAGUGUCAGGAUUUUAGCUGUACCAGAGGCCUUUAUUGUGCUACACAUAAUUUGUAUAAAGUUUUAUAUGUGCAAAUUGGGUACAUAAAUAGUUCUCCAUUUUUCUAAGGGAAUGCAAUAAAUGUAGCAUCGUGAAUAAAUAUAACUUUUAUAAUCUU